GACAAGGACCGACUCGAGGCCCGCACGAACAUGCCGUCCACUUCUUGUUGGGGGAGCUACGUUAUGAGGAGAAAAAUGGAGUCGAAGUUUGGGAGUAUAAAAUGCUGAGGAUAUGGCCGUUCAUAAUGAUGAAUCAGAGUAGAAGCUGACAACAUUCUCAUCCUUCAAUAUGCUUUCCUCACUCCUCUCGAUAGCAUUUUUGCUUUCGCAGGCCUUUGCGGUGACCCAACCUGCAAACACAACCAUCCUAGGCCCAUAUGGACAUUCCCCACCCGUCUAUCCAUCACCCAACACCACCGGUAUAGGGUGGGAAGAAGCAUUGAUUAAAGCUAAAGCAUUCGUCGCUCAACUGACCCUUGAGGAGAAAUCCGAUAUGGUCACAGGCACUCCGGGUCCUUGUGUUGGCAACAUUGCCCCGAUUGAUCGUCUUGGCUUCGCAGGUCUCUGUUUUCAAGAUGGACCACUUGCAAUUCGUGUUGCGGAUUAUGCCAGCGUCUUCCCUGCCGGUGUAUCAACAGCAGCAUCCUUCGACCGUGAGUUGAUGCAUGAACGUGGUCUUGCUUUGGGAGCUGAGUUCAGAGGAAAGGGAGCCCACGUAUAUUUAGGACCUGUCGCUGGUCCUCUCGGAAGAUCAGCCUACGCUGGUCGAAAUUGGGAAGGAUUCGCCGCUGAUCCAUACCUCACCGGUGUUGCAAUGGAAGAGACCAUCACAGGUGUACAAGCCAAUGGUGUUCAAGUUUCCGCCAAGCACUUUCUAGCUUACGAACAAGAGACUCAACGCAUUCCGUCAGUGAGUGAUGCCGAUGGCUUUGACGAAAUCCAACAAUCUGUUUCGUCAAAUCUUGAUGAUCGCACUAUGCACGAGCUGUACCUGUGGCCUUUUGCCAACGCUGUUAAAGCAGGCUCCGCUUCAUUUAUGUGCUCCUAUAACCGAAUCAACGGUAGCUAUGCUUGUCAGAACUCAAAGACUUUGAACGGGCUCCUCAAGGAGGAACUUGGGUUCCAAGGUUAUACUGUGUCGGAUUGGGGUGGAACCCAUUCUGGCUUGUCUUCUAUUGAAGGAGGCCUCGACAUGAAUAUGCCAGGUGGUCUGGGAGAGUACGGCGAAUACUUAGCACCACUCUCUCACUUCGGUGGAAAUGUCACGGCUGCUGUGAAUAACGGCACCCUCGACAUUGCUAGACUGGAUGAUAUGGUCACCCGAAUUAUGACUCCAUACUACUUCCUCGGCCAGGACAAGGAUUUCCCCACAGUCGACCCUUCAAGUGCACUUCUCAAUACAAACUUUCCUCUGGACACUUGGCUGCGAAACUGGACACUCACCGGUCCCUCCAGCCGUGACGUUCGAUCCAAUCACUCGAUACUGAUCCGCAAAAUCGGCGCCGCAUCCGCUGUUCUUCUGAAGAACGUAAAUGCCACUCUUCCGUUCAAAGCACCCAAGUCCAUCGGUGUCUUCGGAAACGAUGCUAGCGAGGACACACAAGGUUUCUACAACCAAGUAGACUGGGAAUACGGAACCAUCUCCGUAGGAGGUGGCUCAGGAACUGGUCGUCUCACAUACCUCGUCACGCCCCUCGAUGCAUUAAAAGAAAAAGCCAAAGAAACAGGAGCUAUCAUCCAACAAUUCCUAAACAACACCCUAAUCGCCACCACCGACAUCUCCACCCUCACCAUCCCCACUCCCCCAGAAGUCUGCCUCGUCUUCCUCAAAAACUACGCCCAAGAAGGCGCCGACCGCACCUCCCUCGACACAGACUGGUCCGGCAACGAAGUCGUCGAAUCCGUCACCUCCUACUGCAACAACACCAUAGUCAUCACCCACGCCUCAGGAAUAAACAACCUCCCCUUCGCCUCGAACCCCAACGUAACCGCCAUCAUCGCCGCCCACUACCCAGGCCAAGAAUCAGGCAACGCACUCGUCGACAUCCUCUACGGGACCGUGAACCCCUCCGCCAAACUCCCCUACACCAUCGCGCUGGAAACAGACGAUUACAACGGCCUCCCUACCACAGCUGUCAAUUCCACCGAUCCCUACGCAUGGCAAGCCUGGUUCGACGAGAAGCUCGAGAUCGAUUACCGCUAUUUCGACGCCCAGAAUAUGUCCGUGUUAUACGAAUUCGGCUUCGGACUCUCGUACACCACGUUCGAGCUCUCGGAUCUAGCUAUCGCGAAGCUAUCUAACGAAACUAUCACCGCGACCGCUGCACCCGCUACUAUUCUCCCCGGCGGGAAUACAGGGCUCUGGGAGAAUCUGUAUAACGUUACGGUAACGCUAACGAAUACCGGCGACGUAGCAGGCGCAGAAGUCCCACAGCUCUAUAUCUCGCUCCCUUCUUCUGCGCCGGCGGGGACGCCGCCAAAACAGUUGCGUGGCUUUGAGAAGGUGUUCUUGGAGGUGGGGGAGAGUGCUAGUGUGAGUUUUAGGUUGAUGAGGAGGGAUAUUAGUUUUUGGGACGUUGUUAGGCAGGAUUGGGUUGUGCCGGAGGGGGAGUUUGUCGUUAGUGUUGGGUUUAGUUCGAGGGAUUUGAGGGUGCGGGGGGGUUUGAGUGUUUUGUGAGGAAUGGAGGAGGGU